AUGGCCAUGUCGGGCAGACCACUGAUAUCCUACGACGACAUAACUCUCCCGUACGAGCGACCUCGAGCACCCUCAGCCAAUUCAUAUGAAACUCACCCUCCACCCGCAAAGAGGCGAAAGAAAAAUAACCGCAAGGCGAAACACGUCCAAACUAUUCCGUCUUCCAAUGCGAAGAAUGUAUCAUUUUCCGCCGAGCCCUCCCAUGCUGGGUCAACCAGUACCUCAACGUCGUAUGAGCAAGGAGAGGAUGCAUAUGUAGCCGAUGAGGGUGAAUAUGAGGAGGAAAGUCGCGAGUUGACGCAUGAAGAGAUCUGGGAUGACUCGGCUCUUGUGGAUGCUUGGGAGUCUGCUAUGGAGGAGUACCGGCUCUAUCACGGGUCUGAGGAUGAUUGGAAAAAAGAACCGCUGAAGAAAUCUCCUCUGUGGUAUAACAUUCCCGUGGACCUAUCUCAAAAGAAAGUAGAUGCAACGUCAUCAUCAAAUUUACCAGCCUCUUAUGAUGACUCCACCAUGGCGGCUGCGAACGAGGAGGUCGAAAGGGACUCGAAACCCAUCGAUUUCAACACAUUCGAACCUACGCAUGAUCCAUCGCUGCCGACUCUGCCUACAUUGACUGAAAACUACUCAACAGAGAAUUUCGAGAACACCAUUGUCAGCCAGGACGAAGCCUUCUCUCGGGCGAUGAAUGCCAUGUAUUGGAGUGGGUAUUGGACGGCUAUAUAUCAUUGUCAACGUCGAAAAGGGAAGGGGAAGCCAGACUCAACUGAAAUUGACGUUGUCGAUGAGUCAGGAGAUGAAGACCUUGACGGUGACGAAGAGGGAGCACCAGAUGGCAGUUUCGUCUCCGCGCAAAGGUGA